AUGGACCUCCAUGUACCAACUGCCACUUGGAUUCACUGGAAUGCAUCGUCCCCCGAAGCAGGCGCCGUAACUAGCAAGUCCGCUGCCACUGCCGUCCUGUCACCGAGGGAAAGUGGACAGAGUGCCCCGGAAAUAAUCUCACCCCAGACUGGCCAACAUGAGAAUCGCAUAAACUCGGAAGAUGAGACGCCAUGCCCUGCGAAUGACUGCCAUGUCAGUCUAGCAGAGGAAAGGCUUGCACCUUCCGGUUCAACAAUAGACCCUCUGACGAACAUCAUUUGUCCAAGUUUACCGAGCUUCAUCAUACCUCUUCCCUCGAGUUUGGACCAAGCUGAUCUGCGAUAUCUCUACGAGAAAAAUGCUUUCUCGCUGCCUACGGUCGCCUUCCGCAAUAUUUGUCUUACACGCUACCUUGAGUUCACCCAUCCACUUUUGCCUUUGCUGGACAAGACCCAGGUCGUAUCGAUCUUGGACAAGGGAAACAGGGGCAAGAGACCAAUGGCCCUUCUCCUGUUUCAUGCCGUCAUGUGUGCGGGAGUUACGUUUGUGGAGAACGAGAUCAUCAAACAAGAAGGUUUUGAUUCCAAACAAUCUGCUCGUCGUGCAUUUUUCAAUCGGGCCAAGAUCCUUUUUGACUGCAAUACGGAGCCAGACACAUUCGUCGCCGUCCAGACCGCAAUACUCAUGAGCACUUGGUAUCCGGGAAAAGAAAAGAAAGAUCCAUGGUACUGGGCGGGCACAGCACUUUCUCUGGCCUACUCGAUUGGGCUACACCUGGAGCCCGAUAAGUCGCGGUUCGAAACACCAGUGCAACAUCUUCGCCGCCGCGUGUGGUGGUGCACGUUUGCUCGCGAACAGAAGAAUGCAUUAGCCUUAGGUCGUCCAGCCAGGACAACAUACUACGGCGUUGCGAUGCUUACUCCCGAAGACUUUGAUGAUGAGAUAGAUGUCUCCGCUGGUGUCCAUCUACCAGAAGAGAUGCAGUAUCUCAGUUUUCUUGAAGACCGGACGAUGCAGGAUGCAUUGGCUGGAUUGUGUAUAGAACACAUGAAGCUAUGCGUCUCUAUCGCUCUUUUUCUAACCACGACCUUCAAAAGCCGCCAGCAGGUGGAAAGCAAUAAUCGAGAGGAUUAUGACGAGUAUCCGCUUUCAUCCCCAUCUAGUCGCCUUAACUACUGCGCGCAAGAAUUCGCCAGGUGGUAUCGUGAAAUGCCUCUUAACCUCCGCUACGAAGCCCGUGCCACCUUGUCCAGCCAGCACAAUAUCCAGCAUGAUCGCAGCCUGAUCGUACACAAAGCAACCGUCCAUGUCGUCUACUAUGUAGCAGUGAGCGCGCUAUACCGCCUCAAAGCCUUAUCCCCCAGCUCAACCUGGUGUAACAGACACGAUGAGCUACAGGGUGCCUCCCAGCGCAUCCUCCGUCAUGCCGCCUGGGAGCUAACGAACGUUAACUGGGGACUCUAUCUGGCCGGUCUAUCCCCAUACUUAUCGACGACGGCUGUCGGCAGCGUCGUUGCGGCUAUACUGAUACAUUUACUGGAUACCAAGUCGCCGGAUGAGACGGUCCGACAGGCCGCUGUCCAGGGUAUCCAGCAGUGUAAACAGUUUUUGCUUUCUCUGAGGGGUGCUUAUGGGACUGAGGUUGAAGCGCUAGAGUAUCUGAGGGCAGCAGAACGGCACGAUGUUGACUUAUCUGUCUCUGAGGGGCAGCAAACAGCACGUAUGAAGCACAUCGUAGCGCAAAGCUCAGGGGAUGUCGAGCAGCAGCUACGUGAUCCCGGAGUGGAGCCAAUGCUGAUGAGGCCAUGGAAUUCGCCUCCUACAGCUGCGGAGAUUCAAGAUGCUUGUGGGUUUGAGUCUUCAUCUCUCACUGGAGUCGACAAGAUGUUCUGGCAAUCGUGCUUCGAGGGAGCACCCAACUAUGAUCUUUUCGAUUUCAGCUUGCCUCAUUACGAUCAAGUGGCCUCCAACGACUUAGGGGGGUUCAAUAUCGCGCGUAUGUCUGCAGAGAGUUGA